AUCCACUUUCGACACAAUUAAGCUUCUAGGUUGCUCGUUUUCCUGUCCCAACAACAUCAUUUCUUCACCAAAUUUCUCCAGCUUCUAUAAUUAUACUCCCCUUUUUUUUCUCUCUCUCUUUUGCUUGAAAAACUCGGAUCAAAGUCCAACGUCGUAGAUUUUUGCCAGGAUGGGGUCUGUGGAAAGAUCAAAGAAGAAGGUCCAGUUGUGGAAGAAAGCCAUUGUCCACUUCUCUUUAUGUUUCGUCAUGGGAUUCUUCACCGGCUUCGCUCCCACGGGUAAGGCCAGGACGUUCGCUGGCCAACCCGUCAUGUCCAACAAAAUAGAGAUCUUCUCUCCACAACCUGGAGAACUAUCGGACCCGCCACCGACCACAUCUUCGCACGUCAGUUUCAAUAGAAGCUUGAUUUCUGAGGUGCCGGAGCGUGUCUCGGGGAAACCCCGUGCCGAGCCUGAAGAGGACGAUCUCUUGGAGAACGAAGAUAACCAAUUAGAAGAAGCUGAAUUUCCAGAGGGAAACAAUAAGCUUGUCCCUAGGAGGCUCUUGAUCAUUGUCACACCUACCGCAAACCAUCCAUUGACAGGUGUGCUGCUGAGAAGGUUGGCCAAUACUAUAAAGUUGGUCCCUCAACCAUUGCUGUGGAUCAUCGUCGAAAAGCGGUCGGACUCCAGGGAAGUGUCGGAGAUGAUGAGGAAGACAGGAAUCAUGUACCGGCACUUGGUCUUCCGCGAGAACUUCACGGACCCGGAUGCAGAGAUGGACCACCAGCGGAACCUUGCUCUCCGGCACAUCGAGCACCACAAACUCAGCGGUAUUGUUCACUUCGCUGGGCUCUCAAACGUCUACGAUCUGGACUUCUUCCAGGAGCUCAGAGAGAUUGAGGUGUUUGGGACGUGGCCCAUGGCGGUGCUAUCGGCGAACCGGAAGAAGGUGAACAUAGAAGGGCCAGUGUGCGACUCGUCCCAAGUGCUGGGAUGGCACCUGAGGAGAUUGAGCAACGAAACCACGGCCACGAGCGAAUCGAGCGAGAGACCUCCCAUUCACAUCUCCAGCUUCGCAUUCAACAGCUCCAUCCUUUGGGACCCUGAACGAUGGGGUCGCCCUUCUUCCGGUCAACCCAACUCUCAGGACUCCAUGAAGUUCGUGAAAGAAGUGGUGCACGAGGACGAGACCAAAGUGAAGGGACUUCCAGGAGAGAAGUGCUCCAAGAUCAUGCUCUGGCAUCUUCGCUACCUCCUUCCUCGUCCUCAUCAUCCUCCCUCGACAGCUCUCCAUCAGACGCUGACUUCUCAACGAUAAGAAGGCAAAACACUACAGUGAAUAAAACGUUCUUUAUUUCUUGUCGUGCUCUCAAAGUUCCUAUCAUUCAUUCUUUUGUGUUUAUACUCUCGAAGCGUGUUGUAGAGCAUAAAAUCGUUUCAGUUUUGAAUCGUUUGCGAAGUUGCUCAAGACCCUCCUUGGUUUUGGGCCUCACGCGGCGAUCGGUCAUCUAGACUGUUGCAAGACUAGGGCAUCGAUGCGUUCCUCUCUACGUGCUAGGGUUAAAGUAGUCCAGGCUAGCUCCGGCGAGCUUUCUCCUUUUGGUACGAGGUUAAUAGCGUAAUCAUCGACUAAAGUCGCCUUCCUUCUUCCCAAUUAGAUUCGUGUAUUAUUCUUUCACGAUCGACCCACACGACAAUCAAUUGACCAAGAUUGCUUGUCAGUCAGUAACAUCUUUUGCAGUUCAAUUUCA